AUGUCAUCCUUCUCAGCACCUUCGUUCUAUCCAUCACCGUCAAAAGCCGCAUUGCAAUUGCAAUAUGUGGGCAAAAACGUCAAAGAUAUACCUGCGCCUGCAGCUGUUCUCGAUUUGGCUCCGAUCAGAAGGAACUGCAAGGCAAUGCUCGAAGCAACCAAGGCUCUUGGACUUGGCUUCCGUGCCCAUGUCAAGACACACAAAACUACCGAACUCACCCAGUACCAAAUGGGUCACCAGUCAAAAGAUAUCAGGCUGAUCGCCUCGACGGUAUCGGAGAUCGAGAACCUCGUUCCUUAUUUGCUUGAAAGCAGAUCGCGUGGUGCUUCUAUUCUCUACGGCUUGCCUGUUGCCGUUUCUCAUAUACCUCGUCUCGCAGCCAUUGCAAAGGUUCUUGGUGAGAGAGCUGUUGGGCUCUUUGUCGACCAUCCUGAGCAAAUAAAACAUCUUGCGAAGCUGGACGAGUCUGUGUGGCCUGGCACUAUUCCCUUGUUCAUCAAGAUCGCCGCUCCCAUCUCGCGAGCUGGAUUGCUUCCCAGAUCUGAGAGCAUCAGUCCUUUGGUACAAGCUAUUGUCUCGGCUCCGAAAGUCCGUUUGGUCGGUGCCUAUGCUCAUAUGGGCGAAAGCUAUGGUUCCAACAGUCCAGAAGAGGCUCUAGAAUUUCUCAUGCAUGAGCUCAAGGAUGCAAAGGCCGGUGCGGACCAGAUUGCGAAAUCUCUACCGGACGGAUCAUCCAGCAAGCUUACGAUAUCGCUCGGUGCGACACCAACAGCUACGGCUGUUCAAAACGCUCUUGUUGAAAACGAAUGGAACGACAAGUUCCGAACCUAUGUUCAAGAAGUAAAGAAGAACUAUGAUGUUGAGAUACACGCAGGUGUAUACCCUGUACUGGACAUGCAGCAGCUUGCGACACGCGCUCGUCCGACCACUGCUGAUGGCAAGCCGUUGCUUUCAACGGAAAACAUCGCUUUGCGUAUCAUGGUCGAAGUCGCAAGCACGUACGACGAACGAGAAAAGCCCGAAGCUCUGGUAGCGGCCGGCUCUAUCGUACUCGCACGAGAGCCUUGCAAGAGCUAUCCAGGUUGGGGAGUAGUAACACCUUGGACGGGUGGAUCGGCUCCUGCUGAUGCUUCCACUGUUUAUGAUCCUGCGGGUUCAAAGACUGGUUGGAUAGUUGGGCGUAUCUCUCAGGAGCAUGGCAACCUCACAUGGGAAGGAUCAACAGAUGAUAUGCGUAAACUUGAUAUCGGAGAGAAGGUGAUGAUAUGGCCCAACCACGCUUGUAUGGCAGGGCCCAAUUUCGGUUACUAUGUUGUGGUUGAUGGUGAAAGCUCUGAACCGGACAAGGUCCAAGAUGUCUGGACCAGAUGGCGUGGCUGGUAG